GCCGCUCCCGUUAACACCGGACGCCCCCGCCAAGGCUGGUUUGAAGCCAUGAGGGAAAAACCUGCUGCCAUGGACUCCUCUCCGAACAUCACUUCGCUAAUUUCGGAUUUCAUAACCCUGUUAAAAACCUCGGGCAAGAGUCGAGAGGUUUUCGAACACGUGGGUCCGAACCACACCGAAGAGGAAAUGUUCUCUUACUUGUGGGAUCUCCAGGAGGCUCACCAGGCACUCACGCCAACACUCGUAUCUGCGAGAAAAUCAAAAAAUAUCGCCGAGUCGUAUCUGGAGUGCGGGGAGGAGGAACUCGAACGUGGAGAUCUGAAGGAGGCGCUGAAAUCCUGCAGUCUGGCCAUUAUCUUUGCGCCCCAUCCUUCGCUGCCUGGUGGAAGGAACGUGGGUCUAGAGAACAAGAGAGAUCGAAACAAUAAUAUAGAUAAUCUAAUCACAGACGAGGAGGAGGAAGAGAGAUUAAGAACGCACCAGGACUUCGAACUCUUGGCACGUGGUUACGGUAGUCGAUCCGCGGUUCUGUUCGAGGUAGGACACUAUCGCAAAUGCAUCAUCGACAUCGACGCGGCCCUCAAUCACAGCGUUGACGAAUUGCGUCGAGAAGUACUGUCCGAGAGGAGAGUAAAAUGUCUCGCUAGAAUAAAGGAUGAAGAAAAUGGGAAAAUACAUACAAACGACAAAUAUGCGAAACUUUUCGACACCCCGUGUUCCGAGAUGCCAGUGUUGCCAGAUCCUCAUCCAACCAUACCUGCAUUCAGCAAGGAUGUUAGAGUGGCCUUUGCGCCCUCACAGGGAAGAUACUUGGUAGCUGAUAGAGACAUUAGUCCAGGUGAGACCGUGUGUGUCGAGAGGAAUUAUUGCAGUGCUUUGUAUGCACAGAAUCUCCUCACACACUGCUGCGUUUGCCUGGCUCGGUCCCUCACCCCUCUGCCGUGCCCCCUCUGCGCCGCUGUGAUAUUUUGCAGUGAAGCGUGUCGGGCAGAAGGCCUCGCUGGGUGCCACUGGCAAGAAUGCAAUAUCCUACCAACACUUGUCAACCUCGACAUGGGGGCAAACUCCUUCCUGGCUUAUAGGAUAAUAACGUACACCUCCUUUGCCACCCUGAAGAGCCUGCUGUUCGUGUUGAAAAGCGAGGAGAGCACUAGACCCCCCGAGGCGAUUGGCUUUGACGAAGGUGGUAUGUACAGCUCCUCAUCGUACCGGCCUGUAUAUCACCUGGUUACCAACAGGAAGGAACGGCCGCCAACAGACCUGCUGAGAAGAUGCAUUCAGGCUUUCGUCAUUACCAAGUUGCUGGUGCAGAGCGGGCGGUAUUUUCUGAAUGAUUGUGGGGCUGCGUUUGAUCCUACACACGAAGAAGUUAUGUUGCUGGGUUCCACGCUGGUUCACCAUAUGAUGAAUCUUAUGUGUAACGCAUACGCCAUCGGUGAACUACAGGUGAACCUCACUGACUACCGGCAGUGCAAAAUGGAGCCACUGGGGGGAGGAGUCUUCGUCGCCUCGAGCCUUCUCAACCAUUCGUGCAACCCAUCCGUUGCAGCCUUCAGCCACGGCAGGACGCAAGUGCUCCGAGCCGUCAGGCACAUCCCCGCUGGUUGUCCACUUACCUACAACUACGGGAGUUUUUACUGCACGGAGGACGAAGACACUAGAAGAUCCGGUCUUCUCAAGCAGUACAGUUUUACGUGCGGGUGCGAGGCCUGUGAGAACGGCUGGUAUGACUUGUUCCAUCUUUCUUCAGAACCUGUGAUCAAUUGCCCGAAAUGUUCCACAGCGCCAACAGAUCAGUUGCGUCGUUCGUGUGAGUGCGCGGCUGUCAAGAAACGAAUAGAACAGAUUGUGGACACUCUUGAUGUGAUGUAUCUUAAAAUCUUACACAAGAACGUAUCCUGCCAUGACGUGGACAUGCUAAUAGACGUGAUUACGCUCAUGGAAAAGUGGGUACAACUGCCAUGCAAAGACUAUUUCGAUGCUCAGGAGUUACUGAAAUUCUACUUCGACACAAAAGGCUCACGCGUCUAUGUAUAACGUGAGAACUUUCACGAGAAAACU